AUGGCCGGUAUCCCCUUGCUGACCCUGUUCCUGCUUGGGCAGCUCCUGACUGUGACAGAGACGCAGAAAGUAGGACCCAGAGGUCCUCCAGGCCCCCAGGGCCCUCCAGGAAAGCCUGGCAAGGAUGGCAUUGAUGGAGAAGCUGGCCCUCCAGGUCUGCCAGGACCCCCAGGACCCAAGGGCACCCCUGGGAAAGCAGGGAAGCCUGGAGAGGCCGGGCUGCCUGGGCUGCCAGGUGUGGACGGUCUAACUGGUCGAGAUGGACCCCCUGGACCCAAGGGUGCCCCUGGAGAGAGGGGAAGUUUGGGACCCCCAGGGCCACCUGGGCUGGGGGGCAAAGGCCUCCCUGGACCACCUGGAGAAGCAGGAGUGAGCGGCCUCCCAGGUGGAAUUGGCCUUCGGGGUCCCCCGGGACCCUCUGGACUUCCAGGCCCCCCAGGUCCCCCAGGACCUCCUGGACCCCCUGGACACCCAGGGGUCCUCCCUGAAGGCGCCACUGACCUGCAGUGUCCUGCCAUCUGCCCGCCUGGGCCCCCAGGCCCCCCGGGAAUGCCAGGGUUCAAGGGACCCACCGGCUACAAAGGAGAUCAGGGAGAAGUCGGCAAGGACGGCGAGAAGGGUGACCCUGGCCCGCCUGGGCCCGCUGGCCUCCCGGGCACUGUGGGGCUGCAGGGCCCCCGAGGACUUCGAGGCCUCCCAGGGCCACUGGGUCCCCCUGGGGACCGGGGUCCCAUUGGAUUCCGAGGGCCCCCAGGGGUUCCAGGAGCACCUGGGAAAGUGGGUGACAGAGGCGAGAGGGGUCCUGAGGGAUUCCGAGGACCCAAGGGUGACCUUGGCAAACCUGGCCCCAAAGGGAUCCCUGGACUUGCUGGGCAGGCUGGGGAACCAGGCAUGCCAGGCAAAGAUGGUCGGGAUGGAGUUCCAGGUCUGGAUGGAGAGAAGGGCGAGGCUGGUCGGAAUGGUGGUCCUGGAGGGAAGGGGCCCAACGGUCUACCAGGUCUCCCUGGACGAGCAGGGUCCAAAGGCGAGAAGGGAGAACUGGGAAGAGCCGGAGAGUUGGGUGAAGCUGGCCCCUCAGGAGAGCCAGGUGUCCCUGGAGACGUGGGGAUGCCAGGAGAGCGUGGUGAGGCUGGCCACAGAGGCUCAGCGGGGGCUCUUGGCCCACAAGGCCCUCCUGGUGCCCCUGGCAUUCGAGGUUUCCAGGGCCGGAAGGGCAGCUUCGGGGAACCUGGUCUGCCGGGCCCCCAGGGCCUCCGAGGUGGCGUGGGUGACCAGGGCGCUGUAGGAGCUGCGGGUCGGAAGGGAGACCAGGGCAUUGCUGGUGCUGAUGGUCUGCCUGGUGAUAAAGGGGAACUGGGUCCCAGUGGGCCGGUCGGACCCAAAGGAGCGUCUGGCGACAGAGGCGAACCUGGCCCCAAAGGCAUCCAGGGUCCCAAUGGCACCAGCGGUGUUCAAGGGGUGCCAGGCUUCCCUGGCCCUGUGGGCUUUCAGGGGAUCCAGGGUGUCCCUGGGAUUACAGGGAAGCCAGGAGUCCCGGGAAAGGAGGCCAGUGAGCAGCACAUCAGGGAACUGUGCGGGGGCGUGAUCAGUGAGCAAAUCGCACAGCUGGCAGCUCACCUGAGGAAGCCGCUGGCACCAGGGUCCAUUGGGCGGCCUGGGCCUGCUGGACCCCCUGGGCCCCCAGGACCCCCAGGUUCCAUUGGCCACCCUGGUGCCCGAGGGCCCCCUGGAUAUCGUGGUCCCACUGGAGAGCUGGGAGACCCCGGCCCCCGAGGAAACCAAGGUGACAGAGGGGACAAGGGUGCUAUCGGCAUUGGCCUGGAUGGGCCUGAGGGAGACCAGGGGCUCCAAGGUCCCCAAGGGGUCCCCGGAACAAGCAAAGACGGGCAGGACGGUGCCCAUGGAGAGCCCGGGGCCCCCGGCGACCCUGGCAUUCCUGGUGCGGUGGGAGCACAGGGGACCCCUGGGAUCUGUGACACUUCAGCCUGUCAGGGAGCUGUGCUAGGAGGAGGUGGGGAGAAGUCGGGCGCAAGAAGCUCAUAA